AAACUUGAUAAUUCACAAAUAAAUCACAAUUAUUUUAGUAAUAAAAUUGCUCAACAAUUAUGAAGAUUAAAUCAAUUGUCAGUUGUUUUAGUGAUAGUUUGCGAACAAAUGUCGUUACAAUAUAUUUGAUUUUUAUGAUCAUCUCUUCUUUUGAAACAUUGAUUGAAAGUGUCCGAAUCACACCUCACGACAAACUUAAAGCCAUUUGGAAUACUCAGCACUUGUUUGUCAAUUGUAAUAAAGACAGCAAAUUGAGAGACGGUGUGAUUAAUUGGUAUUCGUUAAGCAAUAAUGAGUCCAUAACUGAUAACAGUAAGGCACCCGUAUAUCAGCAACACUCCCGCGACUCUGUUAAGCUGUUUCUGGUAAACCCUUCCAAACGAUAUUCAGGAGUUUAUGAGUGCAGACACACAAAGGAUAAAAAAACAAUUUCUUCUGAAAAGUUUGAACUCAAAAUAUACAAUUCAAUUAAUAUUGAUGGCAAUAAGGACUCAUACGUGGGUGUGGAGGGGGAUAACUAUAAAAUGACUUGUAGUGCAAAGUUUGAUCCCGAAACCGAUCCAACAACUGAAGCACAGGUCUCGUGGCUGCACAACAACGUGCCUAUCGGUGAAAACGAAAAGCAAAUCACUGUUCGUUCAGAAACGAAGCAAUCGGUUGAAGUGAAAAUAAUCAGAAGUUUUCUUAAUAUAAAAAAUCUCAACAAAGAUCAAGAGGGCAUCUAUACCUGUGAGGGACAGUACGCUAACUCAUAUCUGACUGAUGUCAAAAAUAUUGAUAUAAAUUUGAGAGUUCAGUUUAGACCUCGAUUCCCGGAAAAUAUACAAAAAUAUGUUUGGAUUUCGGAUGACGACCAACAAAAUAGUCCGGUGUUUGUCAACGUGACCUGUCUGGUCAAUGCCGACCCUAUUGCCCAAUUCCAAUGGUAUACAGGACACGGCCUAUCCAUUGAAAAUUCAAACAUUAAGCAUAAAAUAACAAACGCUGAAAAUAUGAGUGUAUUGGGCAUCGAAUAUGAAAAUAUUGAUAAAAUUAAAAAUAGAUUCAAUGAUCCAAACAAUAAUAUGAUCAGAAAAUUUCAGUGCAAAGCAAACAAUACUAUUGGAGAGGCCAGACAUCUGUUUGAAUUAAGUGUUGGAAAAUUACCGAUACAACCAAUGCUUGCUAAUUAUUCAUAUGAUAACGGAAAAUUGAUUUUAACGGUUAACAAUACAAAUAUUGAACCAAAGAUUGAUAUCUACAAACUGGAAAUUUCUGAUAAGCAACACAUUUACUUUAAUGAUUCCUUCAAGAGUCAGUCGGGAGACAAUACUUACGAAAUUGAUGUUGAAAUUCCUUCGGGAGAACACACGAUGAAGAUAUCUGCCCACAAUCCAGUCGGAUGGUCAACUCAAGCGGAUCCCUUUCCACCACAAUAUCUUGUGGUCAGCAGUGCUAUUGCUGUUUACCAAUACAUGGCGUUUGUAUUGAUUUCCUCAACACUAGCUUUAGUGAAUGCUUUCUAAAUGUAAUGUUGCAAACAAUCAACACGUUUAACAAAUUUUAAUUGGAUUUCACUCAUAAUAUGAUUAGGAAUUUACCACAAAUUUAUUUUGAAAAUUUGAAAUAAUAUAAGAUUAUACAGUUUGUGAAAGAAAAUGUUAACGACUCAGUCGUUUAUUUAGAUUUAAUUCAAUUAUUCCUUAAAACAUUCCUUAAAAGCUAAAUAAGAUGAUAUUUUUGUGGAUAUGUUAUCUUUGAUUCAUAAUUUAUUCUCAUAUUUGAAGAAAAUACAAAUUAU